AGAGCUUGUGCUGUUCAUUUUUCCUUCAACCUUCAAACUUCAAAUUGACAUUAUUUCCUACGACAGAAGAAGCACGCUUGUUCUUCUGGUAGUUAUGAAAGAUUCAGAAUUUUCAGAGGAGUAAGUACAUACACAUAAUAAAGAUAUAGACAUAAAGAUAUCAACAUUAAUACUAGUCGUUAAGGAAACACGUAUUAAGAAAAUCUCGUCGUGCUCGUCGUCGUUCCCUACGUCCUCGAUACAGCGUCAUCAAUAAGGAAUUCUUCGUCUAGUACCUAGAUCUCAGAUCUGGAAAAAUGUCAGUUGAAGCUGGUGCUGCCCCUUCCGGCGGAAAUCCCUUUCAGCUAUCUGCUCCGCCACGUCUCUCGGCUUCCUUAUUUUCUGGUGGAUCGACCACCCCUCGUGCCUCUAGCGCCAACAUGAUGACAGGUGGUGCACCAGCAGAGCCAAUGACGAUGACGAGCAUGGGCGGAUCGUCGCCGCGUUUUUCGUCGACUACAGUUAAGGGUUUAUUCCGAAUUGCAUUCCCCAGUACUAAACCAACCUUGGCUUUUUGCCUCGUAGAAAAGCCAGGGAUGUACAUGUAACCUCUAACAAAGGCUAGCACGUAACCUCGAACAGAGGUCCUCACCGCUAUGUUCUGCUUUUCCAAAGUUGGUAUUUAAUAAUACUAGCAUCAAGAUAUUAUGUAAAAACUCACGUAGUACUAGAAGCAUACUUAAUAAGUAUAGCUCAAGCUUCUCCGUAACAAGAACAAUGAAUGGUUCUUCCAGUCCUCACUCUAAAACACCUGGGGCACAGCCGCAAGCGGGACAGCUGACGCCUUUGUACGACAGGCAGUACAUCACUUUGCACAACCUAUUGGAAAGGGAGAUGCGCCAGCGAGUCGAAAGCGAACGCAUGAUCCGCGACGACAUGACCUCCCUUCAAGAAGGCAUGGCUCGCAUUGCAGGACAAAUUCAUGAGGUACAACUGUACAACGAGAACUAGAAUAUGAUGAUAUUGAAUAAUUGAUCGAUACUUCUAAGUACAACAUCAUACAUUUUUGUGAUCGAUACUACAACUACAACAUAUCAAUAUUUAAAUUGAUCGAUACAACAUUUUUGUGAACAAGAUCUGCUCAUGUCCCACAUGAUUAUGUUGAUUUUGAUUAAUACUUAAAACGACCAGGUCGCAACUGAUCUGCGCGGUAACCUGCCUCGAUUGUACCAAGAAUGCAAGGAAUUGCGACAGGAGAGUCGGGCACUCACACAAGCCUACAACCAGAAUGUUCAAGAGUUGCAUCGCCAAAACGAACUCAUCAACCGAAAUCGCAACGAUGCAGAUCUAAGAUUUGGUACUAUUUAUCAGAUUAGGAUUUAUAGUACUAGUCUGCUAGGGGAAGAUAGAUAUCGGAAUCAUAUGAGGAGCCCUGUGGUCAACUUGAAAAUUUAGAUUUAGGAUCAUCUUCUCAACAAGAACACAGUAGAUUCUCCAAAGAUUUAUACUAGGAUCACCUUGAAUUAUCAAGAACACAGAUCGCAACGAGGUGAAGGCUGAGGAGCAGACGAGGGAUGACCGGAGUGAAAAGAACGAGAUUUGGAGCAAGCUGUGCACCAAGGCCGUCGUCCAGGAUCUGGCGGAUAAGGUUGGCUGCCUGGAUAUGGAGACCCACGCAAAAUUCCUCGAGCGAAAGCAGGAGUACGAAGACGCCGUCUCGCGUGUCAAGGACGUCGAAGAGAAGCUGGCCAAGUCCUUGGAGGAAUUCCUGCGUGGGGUGAACAAGUGCGACUAUUUGUAUUCCCAGUGCAACAUCGCCAACACGGAGUACCAGAGAUUAAGGGUAGUUUCGUGUAAUUUAAUUAUACAACAUCCUUCACUACCAUUUUCUCUUGACGACUAAACUUUUAAACAAAACUACACUCACAACCCUGCCUCCAGUCGUCAAAUCCUUGACCACCUCUUAUUUCCUAGUCGGGAAAAGGCUAAGGAUGAUCUUCUGAGGAAUGUAAAUGUAAUUCUGCAACCUCUAAAGAGAGCUGCGGGAGAAGUGACGGAAAAUCACCGCCAGAUGAUCGAGGACGUGGUGUACCCGCGAAUUGAGCGGUGCGAGGCCCUUCUGAACCAAGAAAUGUGUGAGCGGGUCGAGUGCCUGAAAAAGAUCGCGGUGGAAUUGGUACUGACUAAGAAAUAGAAAAGUCGUUACUUAGCAUAAUGUAUGAAAAUCAUUGUUGAUGUGCUCGUGCUACUUCAACUUCUUCCUAUAUUAAUUGAUGCUCGCCAUGCAAGAAUCGGUAUUUCAGCACGAGGACUUUUUGAUGGCCUGUGGUGCGGUCGUUAGCUCUACCCUGUAAAAAAAAAAUCACGCCAGGUGCAUUCCAAAGAGCAGAAUGAUCGGGUGAAGGAUCAGGUUGAGCGCUUGGCUGUGGAUCUCUCAACAACUCAGGCGGUGCGAGCGGCACAGCCCUCUCCUGCCGACGAGGCUGCCAGGAGUAAUGCAGCAGCGUCCCCACUCGACCGAUCCAGUGGCUCAAUCUACGGCAACUCUCCGGCUCCAGUCUUUCGCGCUAGCAGUGCGGCCCCAGGCGGGCCAACAGUACAUUCAUAACUAGUUUCUUGAUUGUGAGAUGGAAGAAGUCUGAUUUUCAUCUGAUGAAAGAUAGUCGGGCAAUUUGUUCUCACCAUUGAUGUUGUGCUUUUUUGUUUUCCUAUCAUGUAGGUCUUAGAACUAACUACGCGAUUGAAUUUAGUUGUGCUAGGAGUACUAGCGAGCAGUGCCAGUGGAGCUCACUCAACAAGAUGAUUCUUGAAGGCGAAGGAGAUACACCACAUACUAGUACACUUCUUCUAGUACGUAUCGAUACACCACAUAGUACACUUCGUCUAGUACGUAUCAAAACUAACAUAGUAAAAUCAAAAAAAAAAUAACAUCAGAUGCUGACAACUCCACGACUUGGAGGGGGAUCUACCAUGAUGCGCGGAUCGCAGAUGGGCUCAGGGAUGCCUUCUUUGGGAUCAGUCGUGAUUGGCGGGAAAGUCUACCCACCUGGAACACGCGUUGUCUCCAAUGCUUGAUCAUGAGCCUACGACCCGUACUCACUGGAGUAGGAUCGCUUUCAUUUUUGAACAAGCAAUAUCCUCGGUAGGGCAUUCGCAAGCGACGCUUGACAUCUUGCUGCAAGGGUUUUGGCUGAAAAUUGGAUUUUUCCGGAAUGAUAAUUCAUGAGCAAUUGGAUCAUUGAUACAUGUACAAAACAUUGGAAUUCGGGUGGGAUGAAAAAGCAUCAAAAACAAAACGUUGAUAAUGGAAUUGAAUAGCAAAGAAAGUCUUAUUUGAUUCUACGUCCAUAACCAUACAUUGAUACUUAUUUAAUUGACUAUGUUCGUUGCUGACUACAACUAAAACACAUUAUCCUUAAUCUUAAAAUGAUGUUGAACCACUAAGCAUGACAAAGAAAGAAAGGAAAACAAGAUUUAUGAGAUUUUCCACGAUUAUAAUUUGACAUCAUUGGAACAAAUGACCUAAUGUAUAGAAAUGCUGUCUAACUCGAAGCACGUAACUGCUUCCUGUAGAGAUCUUGUGUUAAUAUGAAAAAAUUUGAAUUUCUCCUAUUGAUGAUAUAUGAAUCUUCCGAACAAAAAUGUAGUCAAAUAUGUUGCUAACCUAUGACACGAACUAGGACAAGAACUUCUACGAACUGAGUACAUGGAUCAUCCUAGUUGUAAGUAGAUGAUGAACAAUGUUCUUUUACACGAGAUGUUAGGUAGCAGCGAACCGUGUUAGUGUUGUCGGUUCAGAUGUAUGGUUCGAGUAUUUGGUAACCUGAAUUCGAUCACAAGGAUUCCCUUCUUGUUUUCCUCAUGAUCAAAAUCAGGCUAUACCAAAUACCAGCACCAUUCGUCAGAUGAUGGAAUAAUGGAAGACCACUAGUUUGAUCUUGAAGUGCUUCUCCCAAAGUAGAAGAACAAGAAGAUAGGUGAAGCACCUAACCUAACCUAUGGUGCCAUUAGAAAUCGCACUGGCUUCUUGUAGUUGACAAGAUAAAAUGAAAAUAUUUCUAAUGGUGACAGUGGCAAAGCAGAAUCUGAUGACAAGUACAAAGAAAGAAAAAGAGUACGCAAUGAUCCUGCGUGAUCAUUUGAGAUGCAAUGAUGAUGAG